AAUGUCAUGUGAACGUAUCUUACAUAUUGACAUGUUUGUGAUGAGGUGUGAAUCGUGAAAUCCCCGUUUAGAUAGAUUUUCUCAAAAAACAUUUAAUAUCGGUUUUUGUGAUGUUAUAUCUGUGUUGUUUUAUGUUCAAAAAAUCUUUACGAAAACAAUACUACAGUGCCUCUGGAUUAAAUAAAUGACUACGAAACUACGCAAAUAAGUCGAUUCCUUUUGGAACGAAUGGAGUGAUUUCCAUAAUUAAAUAAUGAUGCAAACCAAUCUUAAAACUAAAGAAAUGUUUAUAGUCAGAGCCUUAGAGAAAAUACUAGCAGAUAAGGAUAUCAAAAGGUCUCAUCACAGCCAACUGAAAAAAUCUUGUGAAGUAGCACUUGAGGAAAUAAAAGCUGAAUUGAAAAAUGGAGGUCAAAUAGAAUCGGCUGAUAAUCCAACAUCGGGAACUCUUCCCUUGCCUAAAAAUGAUGCAUCUAACAUCAUCACAGCUGAAAAGUAUUUCCUUCCAUUUGAAUUGGCAUGUAAGAGCAAAGCAGCCAGGAUAGUUGUUACAGCUCUAGACUGUUUGCAAAAACUCAUUGCUUAUGGCCACCUUACAGGAAACAUUCCAGAUUCAACGACACCUAGAAAGCUUUUGAUUGACAGAAUAGUUGAGACAAUAUGCAGUUGUUUCACCGGUCCACAAACAGAUGAGGGAGUCCAACUCCAAAUUAUUAAAGCACUUCUCACUGUUAUUACAAGUCAACAUGUUGAAGUUCAUGAAGCAACAGUAUUGCUUGCAGUUAGAACUUGCUACAAUAUCUACCUUGCAAGCAAAAAUCUUAUUAAUCAAACAACUGCAAGAGCAACACUGACUCAAAUGCUCAAUGUAAUAUUCACUAAAAUGGAAAAUCAAGCAUUGGAGUCUGAAAGUAGUCCAAGUGAAAUCAUACAUAAGGUACCUAAUGGUAAUAUAGUCGGUGAAGAGGCUCAUGUUGACCAAACAAUUGAAAAAAAUAAAGUAACUUCUGUGCUAGAAAAUGCAGAUAAUGGAGAUGAAAUUAUUGAGGCUAAGAUAAUUGCAAAAGAAAUAGUGGAUUCUGUAAUAGAUAAUGCAAUAAAUAUAGCUUCAAAGAAAAAUGCUACUGAUCUAUCCAACAAUAUUCCAGAAAAUAAUGAAAAUCCUUCUGAUUCUCAAGAUAGUGGCAGUGUCUCACAAGAAAGUAAUGGUCAACCUGGUAAUGAAUCGGCUAUGACCAGAAUACCUUCCCAAGAAAGUGUAGAUGUUGCUUCUGAGAAUGAUAAUUCUGUUACAGCUAAGUUUACCCAUAUUCUUCAAAAAGAUGCUUUCUUAGUAUUUAGGGCACUCUGUAAGUUAUCAAUGAAACCUCUUCCUGAAGGAACACCAGAUCCUAAAUCUCAUGAACUUAGAUCAAAAAUCCUAUCAUUGCAUUUACUUUUGUCUAUAUUACAAAAUGCUGGCCCUGUUUUCAGAAACAAUGAGAUGUUCAUAACAGCUAUCAAGCAAUAUCUUUGUGUAGCAUUAUCAAAAAAUGGGGUCAGCUCUGUACCUGAAGUCUUUGAACUUUCCCUGGCUAUUUUUCUAGCUCUUUUGCAAAAAUUCAAAGUUCAUCUAAAAAAACAGAUUGAAGUAUUUUUUAAAGAGAUUUUCAUGAACAUUUUAGAGACCUCCAGUUCAUCGUUUGAACAUAAAUGGAUGGUGAUUCAGGCUUUGACUCGAAUUUGUGGUGAUGCUCAGAGUGUAGUAGAUAUAUAUGUAAACUAUGAUUGUGAUUUAUCUGCUGCAAAUCUUUUCCAAAGAUUGGUAAAUGAUGUUUCAAAAAUUGCACAAGGAAGACAAGCUCUCGAAUUGGGUGCCACACCAAAUCAAGAAAAGUCUAUGCGCAUUCGUGGCCUUGAAUGUUUAGUUUCCAUUCUGAAAUGUAUGGUGGAAUGGAGUAAAGAACUUUACAUAAAUCCAAACUUACAAACCACUUUAGGGGAAAGAAUCACGAAAGAAGAUAAUGAUCAUCAUAGUAUGAAAUCUCAUGGUGGGUCAAGUCUAAGUCUUGUUUCAACAGGAUCCAGUAAUAUAGGUAAUAGAGAAACUUUGGACUCACCUGAGCAAUUUGAAGUUUUGAAACAACAAAAAGAAGUAUGGGAGACUGGAAUAGAACUUUUUAACAGGAAACCCAAAAAAGGUGUUGCUUUCUUACAAGAACAAAGCUUAUUAGGAAGUUCCACAAAAGAGAUAGCAGAGUGGUUAUUAACAGAUGAAAGACUGGAUAAAACUUUUAUUGGUGAGUAUUUAGGAGAAAAUGAUGAUCAUUCCAAAGAAGUUAUGUAUGCUUAUAUAGAUGCAAUGAAUUUUGCCGAUAUGGACAUUGUUGCUGCUUUACGUUAUUUCCUAGAAGGAUUCCGUUUACCUGGCGAAGCACAAAAAAUUGACAGAUUGAUGGAAAAAUUUGCGGCCAGAUACUGUGAAUGUAAUCCAACCAAUGCAUUAUUUACUAGUGCUGAUACUGUUUAUGUGUUAGCAUUUUCCAUUAUAAUGUUAACAACAGAUCUUCACUCUCCACAAGUCAAAAAUAAAAUGACUAAAGAACAAUAUAUAAAGUUGAACAGUGGCAUAAGUGACAACAAUGAUUUGCCACGUGAAUAUUUAUCUCAGAUAUAUGACGAAAUUGCUGGCCAUGAGAUCAAAAUGAAAAACACCUCUAAACCUGGAAAGCACAUGAUUGUGAAUGAGAAAAAACGCAAACUGGUUUGGAAUAUGGAAAUGGAACAAAUAUCCACAGCAGCUAAAAAUUUAAUGGAAUCUGUUUCCCACGUGCAAACUCCUUUCACUACUGCUAAACAUGUCGAACAUGUACGGCCAAUGUUUAAAAUGGCCUGGACGCCUUUCCUUGCAGCAUUUUCAGUAGGCUUACAAGAUUGCGAUGACCCUGAAAUAGCAUCUUUAUGUUUGGACGGUAUUAGAUGUGCAAUCAGAAUAGCUUGCAUAUUUCACAUGUCUCUUGAAAGAGAUGCUUACGUUCAAGCUUUAGCUCGAUUCACACUUCUAACGGCAAAUUCGCCAAUAACAGAAAUGAAAGCUAAAAAUAUUGAUACAAUAAAGACACUUAUAACAGUAGCCCAUACUGAUGGCAACUAUUUGGGCUCCAGUUGGUUAGAUGUAGUUAAAUGCAUCUCUCAAUUGGAAUUAGCUCAACUCAUUGGAACGGGAGUUCGACCACAGUUUUUGUCUGGAUCAGGAAUCAAACCACAACCAGAUUCAUUAAAGUUUAGCCUUAUGGCUUUAGAUCCUAGUGUAAAAGAACAUAUUGGUGAAACGAGCUCUCAAAGUGUCGUUGUAGCUGUUGAUAGAAUAUUUACCGGUUCUACGAGGCUCGACGGUGACGCGAUUGUAGAUUUCGUUAAAGCACUUUGUCAAGUAUCACUUGAUGAGUUGAGCCAUCCUUCCAAUCCACGAAUUUUUUCACUACAAAAGAUCGUCGAAAUUUCUUACUACAAUAUGGGACGUAUUAGGUUGCAGUGGUCACGAAUAUGGCAGGUACUUGGUGAUCAUUUUAAUAAAGUGGGUUGUAGUAGUAACGAAGACAUAGCUUUCUUUGCUGUGGAUUCAUUGCGGCAACUUUCAAUGAAAUUCAUAGAAAAAGGUGAAUUUGCCAACUUCAAAUUCCAAAAGGACUUCUUACGGCCAUUCGAACACAUUAUGAAAAAAAAUAAUUCCCCAACAAUUAGAGAUAUGGUAGUAAGGUGCAUCGCCCAAAUGGUAAAUUCGCAAGCUCCAAACAUAAAGUCUGGUUGGAAAAACAUAUUCUCUGUGUUUCAUUUGGCAGCCAGUGAUCAAGAUGAGGCAAUAGUUGACUUGGCAUUCCAAACAACGGGCAAAGUUAUAACGGAACUUUACGAGAAACAAUUUCCGGCGAUGAUUGAUUCAUUCCAAGAUGCAGUUAAAUGCUUAUCUGAAUUCGCAUGUAAUGCAAAAUUUCCUGAUACAUCUAUGGAAGCUAUAAGAUUGGUACGAUCUUGUGCCUCGGCGGUUGGCGCAUCGCCGCACCUGUUUGUCGAGCACGCCGGCCUCGAAGGCGAGCCUGGGGCACUGGAAGAAGAUAGGGUUUGGCUUCGAGGAUGGUUCCCGCUUCUCUUCUCGCUGUCUUGCGUCGUAAGCCGUUGUAAAUUAGAUGUUCGCACCAGAGGUUUGACAGUUCUCUUCGAAAUAAUAAAAACUCACGGCGACUCAUUCCGUCCGCACUGGUGGAGAGAUUUAUUCAAUAUACUAUUCAGAAUUUUUGACAAUAUGAAAUUACCGGAACAUCAGUUGGAGAAGAAUGAAUGGAUGACUACUACUUGUAAUCACGCUUUAUACGCUAUAGUGGAUGUUUUCACGCAAUAUUUUGACACUCUUGGCUCUCUUCUGCUGGAACAAUUGUAUGCACAGUUACAUUGGUGUGUACAACAAGAUAAUGAACAACUCGCAAGAUCUGGCACCAAUUGCUUAGAAAAUCUAGUCAUUUCUAAUGGAACAAAAUUCAAUGAAGAUACUUGGAGCAAGACCUGUCAGAUUAUGUUGGAUAUAUUUAAUAGCACUCUACCAACGACGCUCCUUACGUGGAAACCUGAUGAGAACGACGACGGUGAGACACCUCAUGUACGCCAUGGCAUCCUCAAGAAACCCCAAGGGGGAGAUGAGAUUAAGUCUUCCAAUCGCGUUUUCAACAGUCUGCUAAUAAAGUGUGUUGUCCAAUUAGAAUUAAUACAAACCAUCGAUAAUAUUGUUUUCUAUCCUGCGACAUCCCGCAAAGAAGACGCGGAAACAUUAGCACUGGCUGCUGCCGAACUAACAGGCGGCAUACCAGAUACUGAACAAGAAUGUCAACGUGAAGAGCAAGGAAUGUAUAGAUUAUUAAGCUCACCGCAUCUGUUACGACUUGUUGAAUGUCUGAUGUGUAGUCAUCGCUUUGCUAAAACCUUCAAUACCAACAACGCGCAGAGAAAUGUCCUAUGGAAGGCAAAUUUCAAAGGCUCUGUUAAACCAAACAUGUUGAAACAAGAGACCCAAUCUCUAGCAUGCGUCCUUCGGAUACUGUUCAAAAUGUACAGCGAUGAAGCGCGAAGAGAUCAUUGGCUCACUGUACAGAAGAGUCUUAUCACUAUUUGUUGCGAGGCCUUAGAAUAUUUCGCUGGAGUGACAAACGAGGCCCACAGAGAUGCAUGGACAUCCAUCCUACUGCUGAUUCUCACGAGAAUACUAAAGAUGCCAGAUGAAAGAUUUGCUGCGCACGUUUCCAGUUACUAUCCACUCCUCUGCGAGAUUACGUGCUUCGACCUGAAGCCAGAGCUGCGUUCUGUCCUCCGGCGGGUGUUCAUCCGCAUCGGACCUGUCUUUAACAUCGUUGCUAACACGCAGUAGCUCACUGUUAUUUUAAAAUACAAAAUGGCCUUAUAGUUUUGUAGGAUAAAGUAUGACUUUUGAUGUUAAUGUUAAAAUAAAAAUACACUUCGUUGAUUUAAUAAAUUUUAAUGUAAUAUUGACAGCAAUCAGUACUUCAGUAGUAUUAAAGUGAUCUAUUAUAUAAAUAUAGGGUAUAGUAGUCAUGUUUAAUUUAUAUAACUUAUUAUUUUAAUAUUGAUAAUUAGAAAUUAUAAUUGUAUGAUAACAGACAAAAGUUUUAUCUAUAAAUUAUAGUUUAUUCUGUAUAUUUGAGAGGUUUUUACUGUUUGGAGAGCUGAAUUCACUCAUCACCAUGCUUUCACUUAUUUCCUUAAUUUCUAGCUAGACUGAACAGACUGUGAUUGCAAUUUAAUUUCCACAGCUUUUUAAAUGUUUCUUACUAUAUUAUCGAGUGACUUCAGAGCUCUCAUGCAACUAUAUAAUCCAUAAUAAAGAUUAAAAUAUAUAAAUUCAAUGGUUUAACUAGAUAAUCCUCAAUCCUUCAAUACUCUUCUCCAGAGAUUCCAAAUCCCAAAUUACCAGUUGACCAUCCAAUCCAGAAGUACUGAACUUAACAGCAUUUGCCUUGGUUCCUUUAUAAAGAGUGAUGGUAGUUAUGGCGUUCUGAUGAAUAGAAUCCAGCAAAGUGUCAUUGGUUUCUAUACGAGCUUGUCUGUCCAGAGAUUGGAACUUUUUCAUAGCGGAUAACCCACCAGACUCCUUUCUUUGGGUGUUAUCCAAUUUGGCGACGAAUUUAAUCUCAUUGUCUUCGAGACAAUACAAUAAUGGAAUGCAGCUAUGUCCUGCCACAACAAGGGAAUUAUUGGUAACCCAAUUGCAUCCCAAGAAUGGCAAAAAUUCAGUCUUAAGUUUAAUUACUGCCUUUCCCUGUGUAGCAUCAGCAAUAUUGAUUGAACUAUCAUGUCCAACCCAAGCUACUUUGUUCCCAUCGGCAGAGAAAGAGACGCUGUGUACCCAGCCACCUCCAGAUGGAGAAUUAGGGAAUUCAGCUAAUAGUUGGCCCAGUGGAAGUUUAGAACCCCACACAUUAGGUCCAGGUUGAUCUUCAAUGUCUUUAAUAUAUGCUGAAAAUACCCUCACUUUGAAAUCAGCAGAGCCAGCAACUAGUAGCAUAUUAUUCGGAUGCCAGUCUAAAGUAGUAACUGUUGACCGAAUAGGUUUUUUGAUAUGCUUAGAUACCCACCAAUUAUUCUCUUUUUCAAAGUAACAAAUUGAAAUAAGUCUUGCACCAGAGCCAACAGCAAACUUAUUUUCCAUUGGUGACCAUUUCACACAUGUUGCAGCACGGUUGAUACGCAGAAGUACAAGUGUAGUUGUCCAUUUACCAUCCUCACCUUGUGUCCACACAUAUGCAUUGCGGUCAACAGCACAUGUCACGAUACGGUUGGUGUUUGGAGCCCAAUCAAUACCCAUGACGGUGAAGUCAUGCUCAACUAAAUUAUUUGUUUGUUUCCAUUCACUUCCUUCUUUCUGAUAAAUAUGCACUUCGUUGUUGUUUGG